CAGUUUGAGAACUUUUUUUUCUUUUCUUCUCUUUCCCUUUUUCCUUUCUUUAAUUGUAACUGGAUUUGCGUAUGUUCUGUAACUGGAUCUGUGUACUGUUAUUUUUUUAUUAUUUUGAGAAUUUUCUUUUUCUUUUCCUUUUUCCUUUCUUUUAUUUGUAACUGGAUUUGUGUAUGUUUAGUGACUGGAUGUGUGUAUUAUUAUUUUAAUUUGAACUUUUGAAAAGGACCCCAGGAAGACUAGCCUGGCAUUUGUCCGUCGGUUAAUGGGGAUCCUCAAUAAACAAUAAGAUAACUCUUUGAUUAAACCACUCCAAAGCAGAAAUAUUCAACAUUUUCAAGAGAAGUCACAUGAAGGGUGUAAUAAUGACAGUGGCAGGGCGGAGUUUGUUGCUGCACCUGUGUCUUGCUUGGCAGCACACGGCUAACUUAACUUAGGAGUUCUUGCAGAGCAGGACACACACAUACACACACACACACACACGGACGCACAAUGGAGGAUACAUCACCAAAGAACCAGGGAGCGCAGCUACAGGAAAUGAGCCCAAAAGGUGCGGGUGAGUGGGAGAAACCACCAUACUCGUAUGUUGCUCUCAUCGCCAUGGCCAUCAAUGACAGCUCGGGCAAGAGGGCAACUCUGAGCAACAUUUAUGACUACAUCUCCUCCAGGUUCCCAUUCUAUCGCAAGAACCAGAAGAGCUGGCAAAACAGCGUCAGACACAAUUUGUCUCUGAAUGAAUGUUUCAUCAAGGUGCCCCAGGAGAAUGAUUUGGCAAAGAAGCGCAACCACUGGAUGCUUGACCCCGCCUUUGAUGGCAUGUUCACACAUGGCAACUACCGGCGCCGUCACAGGGUGAAGAAAGUUCAACCAGACCUGCUUUACCUGCCGCCGCACUAUGUGGAUGCCUCCUGGGGAAUGUGUCAGCCUCGAUCACACCAACAGGUGCUCCAUCAAACCGGAGUGAGCUCCUACUUCCCACCGCCGCCGCCACCUCACUUCCACCCUCUCCACCCCUAUGGCGUCUAUCAACAGCAGCCGGUUCUGGUGCCGCACAACGGAUAUCCAUACGGCACUGUGACCCACCAAGUCAGCCCAGGCGGGCCCACUGUGCUUGUGGGGUGCGGCUACCAGACCACAGAGGGGCGAGUUGAGCCCUUAGAGCAGUAAAAUGGACAAAAGAGGACCAUAUUUUAGCCCAGUGUUUUUCAACCUUUUUUGAGCCAAGGCACAUUUUUUGCGUUGAAAAAAUCCAGUGGCACACCACCAGCAGAAAUCAUUAAAAAUCUAAACUCAGUUCACAGUCAAAAGUCGUUGUCGCAAUUGUUGGAUAUGACUUUAAACCAUAACCAAGCAUGCAUCCCUAUAGCUCUUGUCUCAAAGUAGGUGUACUGUCACCACCUGUCACAUCACGCCCUGACUUAUUUUGAGUUUUUUGCUGUUUUCCUGUGUGUAGUGUUUUAGUUCUUGUCUUGCGCUCCUAUUUUGGUGGCUUUUUCUCUUUUUUGGGUAUUUUCCUGUAACAGUUUCAUGUCUUCCUUUGAGCGCUAUUCCCCGCACCUACUUUGUUUUAGCAAUCAAGACUAUUUAAGUUGUUUUUAUCCUUCUUUGUGGGGACAUCGUUGAUUGUCAUGUCAUGUUCGGAUGUACAUUGUCUUUGCUCCACAGUAAGUCUUUGCUGUUGUCCAGCAUUCUGUUUUUGUUUACUUUGUAGCCAGUUCAGUUUUAGUUUUGUUCUGCAUAGCCAUCCUUAAGCUUCAAUGCCUUUUCUUAGGGGCACUCACCUUUUGUUUAUUUUUGGUUUAAGCAUUAGACACCUUGUUUUACCUGCACACUGCCUCCCGCUGUUUCCGACAUCUACAAAGCAAUUAGCUACCGGCUGCCACCUACUGAUAUGGAAGAGUAUUACACAGUUACUCUGCCCAGCUCUAGACAGCACCGACACCCAGCAACAACAAAUCAUUUGCAGACUAUAAUUACUGGUUUGCAAAAAAUAUUUCUAACCCAAAAAGGUGAAAUUACAUAAUCUCCCACGGCACACCAGACUGUAUCUCACGGCACACUAGUGUGCCGCGGCACAGUGGUUGAAAAACACUGUUUUAGCCAUUCACUAUACAGGUGGCUGCAGAGUUGAUGCUUCAUACUUUGUUCAAUAUUAUCAAUCAAUCAAUCAAAGUGUAUUCAUAUAGCCCUUAAUCACGAGUGUCUCAAAGGGCUGCACAAGCCACAACAACAUCCUCAGCUCAGACCCCACAUCAGGGCAAGAAAAAACUCAACCCAAUGGGCGACCGUUGCAAUUGACGUCGAGUGUAUAUAGUUAAUAGUGCGAGAGUCCAGUCCAUAGUGGGGCCAGCAGGAGAUCAUCUUGAGUGGAGACAAGUCGGCAGCGCAGAGACGUCCCCAACUGAUGCACAGAUGAGUGGUCCACCCCGGGUCCCGACUUUGAACAGCUGGCGCCUCAUCUGUGGUCACCUAAUAACCUCUCCACGCAGGAGAGGGGGACAGAGCAGAAAAGAGACGGCAGAUCAACUGGUCUAAAACGGGGGGUCUAUUUAAAGGUUAGCGUAUACAAAUGAUUUUUAAGAUUGGACUCAAAUGCUUAAAUUGACUUAUUAUGAGUUUACAAAUGACAUUAUUAUGAGGCUCCAGCACCCCCCGCGACACCAAUAGGGACAAGCGGUAGAAAAUGGAUGGGUGGAUGGAUUAUCAUGCUGUUACAGCCAGAUUCAGUGAUGUCCAUUAAGUGCAUGUUAUUUAUUUCAGUUUUUAGGCUCUUGUGCAAAAGUGUAUUGCACUUCCAGCUGUUUUACUGGCUUGAUGUAAAGUGCAUCAUGUUUGGUAACUAAAACCAUGUCUAGGCUGGCUCGCUCGAAGUCAGCUGGGAUAGGCUCCAUCUUAUACCUGUGAAGCUAAUGAGAAUAAGCGUUAUAGAAAAUGAAUGAAUGUUAAAUAAAUAAAGUUGCACUGAAGUAUAGGCUGCAUCAUGUUUAUACUUGCACAAUUCAACA